UGGGCAUUAAAAUGUGUAUAAAUUAAGCAUUCUUCUGUUAAAUCUGUGUACUUAGACUGCAACCAACACGAUCAGGGGUUCAGCUAAAUGUACCAUGAGAAAACUUACUCAACAUGUUCUCAUUUCUCUGGUCACCAUAACAUAUAAUAUAAAAUAGAUGUUAUGUUGUGUCUUGUACAUUGUUUUCUAUGUUCUCUCUUCUUCAGAGCUCGUUACACUUAUCUUGCAACUGAUUUGAGUUGACUUUGUUACAAUUUCUUAUCUUGACAGCUAAACCACUAUAAUAAUAAUGGCCGAGGAAAACCAAAGCGUAGUGACAGAAUUCAUCUUUCAAGGCCUCUCCUCCCAGCCAAGGACACAGACUGUUCUUUUCAUAGUGUUCCUGGUUUUUUAUCUGCUCACAAUUGUUGGGAACACCAUGAUCAUUGCAGUGAUCAGAGCUGAUUGCCAGCUGCAGUCACCUAUGUACUUUUUCGUUGCCAACCUGUCCUUCUUAGACAUCUGUUACGUCUCCAGCAACAUCCCCCAGAUGUUGGUGAACCUCUUGACCGAGAAGAGGACCAUCUCCUUCUCUAGAUGUGCUGCUCAGAUGUAUUUCUCUCUGGCUUUUGGCAUAACAGAGUGUUUCCUGCUUGGGGUCAUGGCCUACGAUCGAUAUACGGCAAUAUGUCACCCCUUGCUCUACACCACUGUCAUGAGCAGGAAAGCUUGCAUCCACAUGGUCAUGGCUUCCUGGGCCAGCAGCCUGCUGAGCUCCAUGGUGCUCAACAGCCUCACUUUGCAUCUACCCUUCUGUGGACCUCACACCUUGAACCAUUACUUCUGCGAAGUGCCGGCAGUGCUGGCCUUGGCCUGUGCUGACACUGCCCUCCUGGAGUUGGUCAUCUUCAUCUUCAGCAUCCUCAUUGUCUUCAUCCCCUUUCUUCUGAUCAUCACCUCCUACGCCUACAUCCUUUCCACCAUCUUGAAGAUGCAGUCUGCACAUGUGAAAUCUAAGGCCUUUUCCACCUGUGGAUGCCACCUAACCGUGGUAACCAUAUUCUAUGGGACAGCCAUCUGCAUGUACAUGAAUCCCAAGUCAAGGUCUCCACAAGAUAGGGACAAAGUGGUUGCAGUGUUUUACACCAUUGUAGCCCCAAUGCUGAACCCCCUCAUCUACAGCCUCAGGAAUAAGGACAUGAAGUGUGCCCUGAGAAGGGCAGUGAAUAGACCCAAGUCCCUCUUUAUUUAAAGGCUUUGCAGGGAUUGGUGGUAUUGCUUUGAGUUCUGUGAGUUGAAACAGUGCUCAAAUGUGAUUAUUUCUCUACCUGCAAUUGU